AUGAAUGGCUCCGACUUGGCAGCCAAAGCACGCGAGAGCAUGACCUGCCGGCCAUCGGCCGACCCUUUGACAAUCAACAGACCCCGGUGCCUUCGAACGGGGGGUGUUCCGACCUCACCUGAUGUCACCGUCAGGCUACCCGUCUUUCGAGCCUCGAACCUCGGCUGUGCGACGAUCCUCUUCCAGCUUCGGAGUCACUGCGGCGCGCACGCGAGGGGUACAAUCUGCUCGCUCGACCGUGACCGAGGUGAUGAAUCCAUCCGGAAUCCUCGCCGUGAUGAGAUCCACCACGACCACUGGCAAGACUGGGGACGGGAUAGGUCGCCCAAAUCCUCCAGUCGCCGUUCCACCGCUUGCCUGUCUUCGACUAGCCUCCGGAGAUGGAUCAUGGAAUUUUUGACGAUUCCUGGCAAGAUGCGGGAGGCAAACCAAAGGAACCUGAUCACGAUGGCGACAUCACCCUCGCCGCCUGUCCUCUCCGUGGAGCUUGGCCUUCGUAUCGGACCGGCUGGCCUCGAGGUCUUUGAUCACGACGCAAAACGUCGAGCAGGAGGACACAGUUCAUCCGCCUCCGCCUACCCCGUUGCCGCCUCGAGCAUGCUGCAUCGGUCCAGCCGUCCUGCAGAUUCUGCUGCGGCAGCCAUCACGGCGGCGCUGCAGGGCGGGCUCGUAUUUCGCCGUCAUCGUCCCCAAGCUAACCCCCAAAUCUGGUGCGGCGAUGCAGUCUACUGCGAAGCCCCCGGGGGGGCCUGCACGCGACCGUCGACAGGCACCGCCAAUCUUGCGGUAGUUGCAUUUCGCCUGGCAACGCGUCCACACCGGGACAUUCCCCCCUAUUGCGAUGUAACAUCCAGGGGCUCGAUGGUGGCCACUCUGCUCGAUCUCGCAGCACACCGCACGGACGACCACUGA